AUGUCGCCGUUCUUUCCGCAAUGCGCCCGUGGCGGGUCCGCUUGCAAACGCCGUCGGCGCCGUCGUCGUGUUGCCAGAUGAAUUGCGCGUCGGACACGCCUUUUGCCCGGAAGCUGAGCCCCCGGGACGAUGACGAAAUAGAGCGAUCGGCCGCUAGUGUUCCCGCUCGAGUUAUGCGUGCGCUGUGAAGCGUCUUCGCCGCGGUGCUUGGCGUCGACGCGCGGAUACAGCGGGUCGCUGAAGACAAACCCGGCUCUCGGCUUCUUGCGCGCUACGGCUUGUUGGCCUUGGAGGGCACUUCUCGGGCAGCACUGGCUUACCAGGCGAGAAGCGAUUCGACGCCUUCGUGUCGUCGCUGGCUCACUGCCAGUAGCCCCGAAUGAUGUCGCAUCUCCUCCACAGAAGCUUCCGAACCCACCGCCGCACGUACAGCACACCUGCGGCAGGCACGGUGACCUCGGUGCCCGACAGGAGUCCGAGGAACACGCUGCCCGCGUCGAGGGCUGCACUGACCGAUGUUCCGGAGCACGAGGAACUGCGCAGUGGAGGCAGGAGGCACGGAUCGCUCGGCUUCGUGUCUGCAGCGGCUACUCUGCCUGGUUCAGUUCAGGAGGCGAAGGUUUCCCUCACGAAGUACGCGCCGCUGAACGCUUCGGAAGGUGCUCUACCCAAGAACCGUGACUGGCUCCGCGGGCUCCGUUGUCGCUCUUCAUUCCAGCGUAGAACGUCACUUCUCUUCGCUCGCCCUUAUGGAUUGCAGCACACAAUCCGAAGUCUAUUCAAAGCCAAGGGCGUUCGCUUGGAAGCCGGAGAGAUGGCCAUACUCCAUGAAAAAAUACGGAUACUGGGAAGCUCAAAAGCCGGACCUUUCUUGUUCGACUCGUUCAAGCGGGAAAUUGAACUCUGCUUUACCACUCUUCUACAAAAGCUGCAAGCUGGGCCAAGGGAGAAACUCCUGCAAGUGCUGUCCUCUGAAUGGGAAAACUUGUUCCGACACGUCCUGCCUACCCUUGACAUGAUCUUGUACGUCGUCAAGGGCAAAGGGUCGACAACCGUGCGACAAGCAUUCCUUGUGGUAUUCCGAGACGCCGUCGUGACAAAGCUGGAUCUUGAAGAGCUCAUCAACGAGGAUACUCGCCAUUUCGUUCCCGAUGGAAUGCGACAUAUGCUUCUGAUCCUCUACAAUGUGAGCGACAGUUACCCACCAACAAAAACGAAGCUGAAGCUCGAAGGACUUCUUGCGCGGCUCGUGGUUCCGUUCUUGGGAUUUCAGGGCCUCUACGAAGGCAAGCCAGAACCCACUGUGAAAUCUGCUGAGCCUGAGGUCGCCGCACGACGAAAGUCAGCAGAUGGUGUACCGCUACCUAGGAAGUUGUCCCGACCAAUGAGCUCCCAGCCUCGGCAGAUCGAAACAUUGCAUGAGCUUUUCCUCACAGCUCUCCGAAAGCAGCCUGAUAUUUAGUCGGUAUAAAUCCUAUGCGUCUACAUUGUAUAUAGCGCAUCAUCACUGCAGAAUACAUGGAACCUAAUAAACAGCUAAGGUGUUCA